AUGACUCCUUUGUAUACCUCAUGGAGAUGGGAGUUGCUCUGGAAACGUGGUCGGUCAGCGGCAGGUCUUGGAAUCAAAAAUAGUUGCUUGGGUGGGAUCUCAAAAAAAUUUCCGGAACUCACUUACUGCGAAGGAAAUUGGAAACUGACCAAAAUCAUCUCCAAUAACUACCCGGCCUGGUAUGCAAACACAAAAGAAAGGGACUUGGAUGUGACAAUGGAAGAUGACAAAGCCAAUGGAGUGGUGCCUGCAUGUAUUAUUGGCAAACACAAGCUAGAAAAACCGACAAAUAGUGCGACACCCAAAAAAGUCAAGGUUUCACAGGACAGUCUAGACAGCCUUUACAGUCUCGACAAUGAGGAGAAUCCCGUAACAGCUGGCAACCUUGGUGAUCACAACACUUAUAUGGGAAUCGGAGCUACAAAAGACAGGCUGGGUAUCACUGAUAAGAUUACGGAGGUUGUAGAGAGGACCUUGAUCUGGACAGCCACAACGAGAAACCGGUGGCUAGCAAACCUCUUGCGGUUAGUCACGGUGAAGACAACCAAGGCCUCAAAGAUGACCCACACUAUCAAGGAACAGGUCAGGCAGCUAUGGCUAGUGGUGAUGCCUCAAUCAAAGCAACAACUAUAG